AUGGAAAGCAUACACUAUUGCCUUGUUCUCAUUCUCUUCAUCUGCUUUCUUAAAAGGGUCUUGUUUCAUCAGAAGCAAAAUUUACCUCCUAGUCCACGUGCUCUUCCAGUUCUUGGCCACCUCCACCUCAUCCGCAAGCCACUUCCCCUGGCACUAGAGACUCUCCUUUCACAGUAUGGUCCAAUUCUAUCCCUAAAAUUUGGUUCCCGGUCUGUUCUUGUAGUUUCUUCACCAUCUGCAGUUGAAGAAUGCUUAAACAAGAAUGAUGUAAUAUUUGCAAACCGACCCCCUUCCAUGGCUGGGGAUCAUUUAACCUACAACUAUACUUCCUUUGUUUCGGCACCUUAUGGUGAUCAUUGGCGGACACUACGCCGACUUAGCGUUGUUGAAAUAUUCUCUUCAAAGAGCCUCCAGAAAACUUGUGCCAUCCGUGAGGAGGAAGUUCGUACCCUACUCUGCCGACUGUUUAAGAUCUCAGCUGGUGGCCCUGGCAAGCAAAAGGUGAACUUGAAGUUUCUGUUUUCUCUUCUAACCUGCAAUGUAAUGAUGAGAAUGAGUAUUGGAAAACGUUGUGUGGAAAUGGAGGCUGAAGAUUCAGAGUUGGAGAAGCAAUUAUUUGAAGAAUUCAAGGAGACGUUCUUUCCAAGCCUCUCCUUGAAUAUCUGUGAUUUUAUCCCAGUCUUGAGGGUGAUUGGUUUCAAAGGGAUAGAGAAGAGCAUGAUAAAGAUGAAUAACAUGAGGGAUGAGUUUUUGCAAAAAUUGUUAGAUGAAAUUAAAUUGAAGAGAAUGGAUUCAAAAGAGAAAAGGUCGGUGGCUGAAACUCUGCUCUCCAUGCAAGAAAUAGAACCUGAAUUUUACAGUGACAAAGUUAUCAAAAGUAUUAUAGUGAUGAUGUUGAUCGCCGGAGCAGAAACAUCAGCAAUCACUUUGGAAUGGGCAAUGUCACUCCUAUUGAAUAAUCCAGAAGCAUUACAGAAAUUGAAAGCUGAGAUUGAUCACCAUGUUGGACAUGGGCAUUUGCUGAAUGAUUUGGAUAUUGUCAAGCUUCCCUACCUCAGGUGUGUCAUAAAUGAGACACUUAGAUUAUAUCCUCCAGGACCCCUUCUGCUACCUCAUCUCUCAUCUGAAAAUUGCACAGUCGGAGGAUUUGAGAUACCAAAGGGGACAACUCUGUUGGUGAAUGUCUGGGCCAUGCAUAGAGAUCCCAAAAACUGGGAAGAUCCCAAUGAGUUCAGGCCAGAAAGAUUUGAAGGCGAUUUAGGGGAACAACAUGGCUACAAGUUUAUUCCUUUUGGUGUUGGGAGGAGAGCAUGUCUAUAG